AUGUCAUAUUUAAAGAGAGAAUCAAGUAAGAGGCGGAGCAUGAGGGUAACUUAAAAUACUUUCUACUAACAACAUUUUUGAUCACGUUUCAGGAGUUUGGUAGAUCAGAUCUCUUUUCUUUUAAUCUACCCAUCUAACUUUAUAAUCUCCUUUUGUUGUAAUACGUAAGGCAAAGGACAGAAAACAUAAUCUUAUAUCAGUUUUAAACGUUAACGUCAGUUACGACAAUUUUCAAAGUAUUUGAACAAGUCUUUCCAAGAUAUUUUAGUAUUUUUUAGGGAUCGAAUGAAGAACUAAUGGUUCCCAAAAAUGAACGUGGAGCUGAAGCUGUAGCUGUAGCUGUUAAAGGUCAGCACAAAGUAGCAUAAAAAUAAACAGUAAACGUUUUGAGCACCACUCCUUGCGAUGAACAGUUGUACAGAAUUUUGAGUAAUCUAUUCAGCCAGGUCUUCAUUAUUAUUUGUAAGUGUGUGUUUGGUUAUAGUCUUCUGUCUACUUUCAAUUUCUACCUUACUUUUGCUAAUCGUGGGUUAGUUAAUUACAUCAAUCAAGAUCUCUACACAUUUCGUUGCAAAGUGGAUACCGGCAUUAUGGACAGCGACCUCUAAUCAGUUGGUAGAGAUAACAAAAUUAAAUGCGGAGAUCGUUUCUCUGCCCCGCCUUUUCGGGCCACAUUUUUUCUACAAGGUGCGGGGAAAUGGUUACUGCCGCAAUAGUUAUCUUGGUCGAUUACAAUUACAAGAAAACAAAGAGGAAGCGCUUUCACUUAUCGGUGUACUGUCGGUUUAGCAAAUCCCAAUUAGCAUGUACAACAGAGUAAUCAAGUAAUUUAAAUACAAGAACAGAAAGCAAGGCUCAUCCUUGAUAACAAUUAUGUUUAUACUUUUCCUUUAAGCUCGAGAACAACAAAUCAUUGAUCUAAACCACAAGCUGAUAACAAGUGCUACAGCCGGAGACUUCGAAACCUACUGGUAUUUUUUUAGUAAUAUUUAUAGAAUUACUUGCUGUUUGAACGUUAAGCGAUGGCAAGAGAGGAUCUAGUGACAGAAUUAACUGGUCACUUUAACAUUAGUACAGGAACCGACCUACGUUUUCCUCUUUCUCUGACAAAGUACGCAAACCAACCUCGGAACGUAUGACAAUCAGAUUAGCGACUUGUAAAAAAGGCUUACAAUUAAACAAUGAGUGAGUGAGUGAGCCAUUUAAUUUGUGUGGUUGCAAACCUCGGUCAUUUUUACUGUUUUCAGUAAACUAGUGGAUCCACAAGUUACAUCGUUUGAACCAGUAUCUCGAGGCAAUUUGGUUGAAGGGCUGCAGUUUCACAAGUUCUAUUUUGACAACGGUAAGCGACCUGAAAAUAGCGCAAAUUCUAUGGCGCCAUAAGUCGUUACUAAGGCGAACACUACUGUAAAGGACGUGGCAUCGUUGACGCCCUUGUAUUAUCAAGAGAAGCUUAAUCGCGUGUCUGGCACCUUAAAUCACGGUAAAUGUUAGGGUAUCAUCCACUGUAAAAAUUCAAUUUUUAUGGUAGAUGACUCGAGAAAUUUUCAGUUUUCAAUUGAUUAGAUAGAGCUCGAUGAGAACUAACCCAGAACGUAGAAGAAGCAGUUUUAGCCUUGAACAGUAGCUAGUUUAUUCCUCGCUGGCAGGGAGCAUAACCUCGUCUAUAAUGAGAAACUGCUGAGGUAACUCAGUUUCGCCCCGUGUAAGGUAAUCCGGCGGAUUCAGGGUGGAAAUUUUUCCUUGAGGAAUCUGGAAUUCUGGGCUUUGGAAUGCGUACAAACAAGGUGGAAUUUCCUCUUGGUACUAACGAUUGGAAUCCGGAAUGUAAGUCCCACUGAUAAGGAAUCCGGACUGAUCCAGUACCUGGAAUUUUGGUAGCAUGUCUGAUUGCGGGUUCAAAUGUGAUGUUACACGGAGCGAUUCGCAACGACGAUAUUUAGCGCAACACAGUGUUACGACAUUGUUGCGACGUUGUCUCGAACAGUUGCAACAAUGUUCCAACAUUGCAACGCAGUGUUGCGCUAAAAAUCGAAGUUGCGAAUCGUCUCGUGUAACAUCACCGUAAAGGAUAUAAUAGUCAGAAGGGGAGGGUGACCAUUAGAAAACAUAUGGGGGUUGGGGGCGAAGUGCAAAAAAAGUAUUUGUGCAAGGGAAAACUAAAUGACACACAAAAAAAAUAAUCAUGCCCGCCAAAUAACCCCCCUUUCUGAAGGAUUUUUCUAGAGUGAUUUUACUUGAACCAAGAAACAGAUACUUACAAAUAGUGCAAAACAGCAAGAGGUAAACAGAAGAAGACAAUAGCAUUAGUACGUAGUAUUUUACCACAAAUUUCACGGUUCAGGUAAAAUCACUCUAAGAGUUAAUUUAGAUCAUCAAAUAGAGCAAAGUUAGCGAUAACACUCCUACGAAGAUAUUACAGUAAAUUUGCAUCGCAAGAACUUUUUACCGUUUGUUAUAAUUAGUUUGUGUCAAUUUUUACAGUUUUAAGUAAAAGAGCGACCCCAAUAAAUUGGACAAUUCUGUCGCCACGUGUUCACAUGCUGGGAGAUGAUGCUGCGUGCAUUUGCUAUGUCCGACUUCAGCAGUUCAUCAACAGGUAA